GUUUUCACAUAGAUCGAGCUCCAUAUUGGAUCGGAUAUAUCUCAGUGGCACCCCAACUCCGCAAAUCGGUGGAGAGAAGAGAGAGAGGAAAAGUGCGAGUGCGUGCGAGUGUGUGCGUGUGGCCGUGUACGUGCAUCGUGUGUGUGUGAAUGAAAAACCAGCAACUGUGAAAAUAUAACCCAAAAAUAAGUUGCAGGCGAGGAUUCCCAGAUUCCUUUGCUCCACAUAACCCCCGGGAGACCAGGCGGAGAAGCAGGUGCCCCCGAGAAAAGCAACCCCUUCGCUUUUUAGGAUGGCGGAUGCCCAGGCAGCGGCGGCCGCCGGAAAGAAAAAGUACAAGAGCAAGAAGAAUCAUUCUCAGAAUCCCAACCAUUUGGAGGCGCCUACCAAUGGUCAUGUCCAGGAGAAGGGGGAUACCGAUCGAGAGCCUGCGGAGGAUGAGGAGGAGCUGAGGCGCCUGAUCAAGCAGCUGCAUCUGUGCAAUGGCCAUGGCGCCAAGGAGCAGGCUCCUCCUGCGUCGCCUCCGCUGGAGGUGCUCAAUGGCCACAGCAGCAGCAGCAACAACAAUCACAUACGCUCCACUGGCGGCGGCAGCAACAACAACCACAGCAGCCACAAAAGCGUGGACAGCAGCAACAACAACCGCAAGCAAGGAGAAUCCGAGGAUCUUCAUCAUCAUCCGGAGGAGAGCAAAACCACUGCCAACACACUAACACAAACGACGGGGAGUGGCAAAGUGGACAAGGAGGAGGCGGCGGAAGCCACAACCACGCCCAUCAUCAUCACAGCGGAGCCCCAGCUGCCACCAGAACCUGCCAUUUCAGCCGAGGAGAUCGUGUACAAGGAGUACGAGGCUGAGCACCAAAUGCAUGACAUCAUGCGACUGAUCCAGGCGGAGCUGUCCGAGCCCUACUCGAUAUACACGUACCGCUACUUCAUCUACAACUGGCCAAAACUCUGCUUCCUCGCCUCGCACGACAAUCAGUAUGUGGGCGCCAUCGUGUGCAAGCUGGACAUGCACAUGAAUGUGCGGCGCGGCUACAUUGCCAUGCUGGCCGUGCGCAAGGAGUAUCGCAAGCUCAAGAUCGGCACCACACUGGUCACCAAGGCCAUAGAGGCAAUGCUGGCCGACAAUGCCGACGAGGUGGUGCUGGAAACGGAGAUGCGGAACCAGCCGGCCUUGCGGCUCUACGAGAACCUGGGCUUCGUGCGUGAUAAGCGGCUGUUUCGCUACUAUCUCAAUGGAGUGGACGCGCUGCGACUGAAGCUCUGGUUCAGAUGAGUGGACCCGGCGGCUGCCGUUGAAAUUGUUGUCUAAGUAGCCGCCGAAGAAGUCGAGAUGUCGAUAUGUCUGCCCUGCGGACGAGGAGAUCCAGGAGAUCCGCAGCUUGUUUCGGCGCCCUCUUUUUUGUACCUAUUUAACUAGGAAGCAUCGUAGCAUCAGUCUUUCACCCCCCAAGCCCUCCCUCCUUGACUCUCUCUCUUCAUUUGUAAAUUAUUUUUAUUAUGUAGCAGCAGCAGCGAAAGCAACAUCUGCAAAAGAUCAGAAGCAGCACACAACGGACCCAAAAUUUGAUUAAUUUUACAGAAGGCAAUUUUGUAUGCAAUACGUGAUUUACAUGCAUAAAAUUAUAUACAUUAAAAUCGUAAGCGAGCAAUUAGUUAUGUACAUUAAACAAUCUUUACAAGAAUCAAUCUAGAGAAUAGACAACAAGAACAUGAAGCAGCAGCAUCGCAGCAAGCACACUCAUUACAAAGCUAUAUAAAGAAUAGAAUCAAAUUUUGUAAAAACUAAAACAGAAAAACAGAUUGAUCAAAAGCGAGGAUCGCACGCAUGUAAAAUCGUACGAAAACGAAACGAAACACACACACUCGAGUAAUGUAUAUCAAAAUAAACGCAAAAUCGGAACAAAGAACAGAACACAUACGGCGUAUUGUAGCGUUAUAUACCAUGUACACACCACUCUGCAUAGGAUGAUCUAUGCAGAGAUGGAACAACUCGCCAUCUGGUCUUCUAUAACUUCUAAAACUCUGUUGUUAUCUAUCGCCUGAGAUCAGGACACAGGUACAGAUUACAGAUUACAGAAACACAUAGCGAUAAGAAUGAGGAUGUGGUUGAAUCCCGAGUAACAUUGAUGAAAGAAUGCAAUAAAAUCUUCAACAAAUAUUA